GCCGACAACCGCUAACAACCGCAAAAACUGCGUUUGCGGGUGGUAGCGGGAAAACCAGUCGCCCCCUAAGUGAAUGUAUCACUACUUUUCAGUUCAAAAAAAAAAUAUAGAAAAAAAGGAAUAAUUCACCGUAUAACUAGGGCUCGUGAGCAAUGCAGCAUAAAGUUUUCAAAUUCUCCUUUUAAAUUAUUGAUCUAAAAUUGGUCCCAACAAAUUAAAUAAUAUUGGUCGGUGUCAUAAAUCACUAAAACCGUUAAUUUCUACUGUGUGAAUCAGUUACAGUUAAGCAUGUAUCUUUAUCUAAUCCAUCAUAAUAAAAUUACUGGUCUUGUAGCAUUAUAAUUGCUGUCAUAAUAAAAACUAACAUUAUAUUUGUUUACACGUUUAUUUGAUAAAAAUCUAUUGAUUAUUAUGGAUGGACCUAAUAAUUUACAAACAGACGAUUUAACUAACGUGAGUAUAUAUAAACAUUGAUGGAUGACUCAAUCUGCAAUAUCGACCACCAGUCCACCAAACUUAUAUAAUAGUUUACGUUCUUUAACAUUAAAUCUUAAACUUGAGAUUAAUUAUAUAAUGAAACUUUUACAAAUCAAAUUUUAAAGUUAAAUCCUUUGUCAAAAAAAAUUUUAAAGUUAAAUCAAUAUUAGAUUAUUUCGCGUGCCUUUUUCCAGUUUUUAAGAGCCUCUAAUUGCUUGGAUCUCUUAUGUUGUACUUGUACGUGAACGCGCUGAUCGGAUAAUCUUGUCAGAAAGAAAUUAUAUGUGAGAUAGUUGUAACGAUCACCACCGAUUCUACAUUAUUACAAAUCGAGUCGAAAAUCGUGGUAUAUAUCACUUCAGUAUCACGAGAAUCUACGGUUUCUCAACUUUCUCCAACAUUGGUUCAGGGACUGCUUUCCAGUUAAUUGUGCUUCAAAUUACCACUUUAUGUAUUCUAUUGGUGCAUUGUCCAUAUAUAAACCACCUUUUGUUGAUCAAUAGAUUUAUCUAACUCUCGAACCAAAUUUAUAACAUCAUAAACAUAAAUCAUCAUCACAAAUUUUCGGCGGAAACAAAUAAUAAUCGACAAAAGUUUCCUAAAUUAUAGGGUUAUACAAAAGGGUACGUGGGCCAUACAAUAGCAUGUGCAUGCAUGUGCUUCUCCUAUCUCCUAUUGCCCCCACCAUUUUCCCUCUCGUUUUGAAACGAAUAAAAUGGACCAUCUUCUUCUCCUUUCUCUCUCCCUUACAUCUCUGUCUCUAUCUUGUCGAUUUCACUAAUUCGUGAGCUGAUCGCAGAUUUUUUCUUAGCAAUCUUCGACACUCAACAAAAUAAGCUGAAGAAAUAUUCUACAAAAAGGGAUGCAACCUACGAGCUCAAUGAAUGAACAAUUCCUAAAGAAAUGGCAAAUGGGUCUUCAAAUAUUCCGUCCUUCGAUAGACAACACGAGUGUCUCCGAGAGAAAGAGAGCAAUAAAGCUCUCUGCAGACGUUGCAAUGGCGUCUCUAAGAAAAGGAACGACAUGUUGGAGCCGAGCCCUAAUCCAGAAAGCCGCCACCCAGGACAAUUUCCUCGUACGUCAAAUGCUCUCUGGCAUCAAAGAGGAAACGCUAAUCAACAAGAAGUUGCCUAAGAUUGUGUGUCAUAGAAAGAUUGUGAGAAGAAGCAAGAAGAUCUUGAUGAGGAGGAAAUCGAAAUCAGCGAUGGAAGAGGUCGCAGCAAAAGCUAAGAAGCUCGUCAAGAGAAAGACUCAAGGGUUAAGAAACAUUGUCCCUGGUGGAGAGUUUAUGAGCAAUAACGUCUUGUUGAUACAAGAAACGUUAGAUUACAUUGUCUCACUUCAGACACAAGUGAAUGUGAUGAGGAGUAUUGUUGAUGCUGCUGAUGCUGGAGUUGAACGGUAAAAGACUUUUUUUUUUGCACGAGAUUAUUUGUGAAAUCAUGAGAUCAUUGUUGGUCGAUAGGACCGUAUAUUAUGUGGACAUGGAAAAUGUGAUACGGCAGUAAGUUGUAUUUGUACAUAAGAAAAUUUAUAUACGAUUAUAGGAAAGUUUCAUUUACAUUAUGGUGAUUUUAGUUAUAACAUUUUUUUUUUACAUU